AGAGGAGCUGUCUGAAGAGGACAGACUGCUGCAGGAGGAGCUGAACAUGCUGGUAGAGCGGCUGCAGGAAUCCAAUGUGGAUCUUUACAAGCCAGCGCUGGAGCAGAUCCGCUCCCUCAUCCGCUCCUCCACCACGUCCAUGACCAGCGUCCCCAAACCCCUCAAGUUCAUGAGGUCGCAUUACCAGACCAUGAAGGACAUAUACAACAACAUCAAAGACAAUGCCCUAAAGAAGUUUGCGGCUGACAUCGUCUCUGUCUUGGCCAUGACUAUGUCUGAGGAACGCGAAUGCCUAAAGUACCGCUUGCUGGGCCAGCGUGGAGACAUUGGAGAUUGGGGCCAUGAAUAUGUCAGACAUUUGGCUGGAGAAAUUGCACAGGAAUGGGAGACAUUGGGCGAGGACGAUGAUGCCAGGAGAGCCGAGCUGAUCAGUGAAGCCCACGUCAUUGUCCCCUACCACAUGCAGCACAAUGCAGAGGCAGAGGCAUGUGACCUGCUUAUGGAGAUGGAACAGCUGGAGCUCCUCACUUCACAGGAUUACGUUGAUAAGGAUGCCUACUCUCGAGUGUGCUUGUACCUGACCAGCUGUGUACCUUAUGUGCCAGACCCUGAGAACACCAACCUGAUUAACACGGCACUUCAGCUGUAUCGUAAAUUUGGGCAGUACCCACAGGCCAUGAGACUGGCUCUCCAACUCCAUGACUUUGAUCUCAUUAAACAGCUAUUUGAUGAAUGCCCAGACAAGCUGGUGAGAAUGCAAGUGGCCUUCAUGCUGGGCCGUCAGCAGGUGUUCCUGGAGCUGCCGGAGGACAUGGAUGACUACGAAGACCUGACCGAGAUCCUUUCCAACUCCCACCUGAACACUCACUUCCUCUCCCUUGGGCGUGAGUUGGACAUCAUGGACCCCAAGACCCCAGAGGACAUUUACAAGUCUCACUUGGAGAACAACCGGCCCACCUUUGGCCCUGGCCAGGUUGACUCUGCCCGCCAGAAUCUCGCUUCCUCCUUCGUCAAUGGUUUUGUUAAUGCUGCCUUUGGAACAGACAAGCUGCUCACAGAGGACGGAAAUAAGUGGCUGUACAAAAAUAAGGAACAUGGUAUGUUGAGUGCAACAGCUUCACUUGGUCUGAUCUUACUGUGGGAUGUUGAUGGAGGUCUGACACAGAUUGACAAGUACCUUUACUCCUCUGAAGACUUCAUUAAGUCUGGUGCCCUUCUGGCCUGUGGCAUUGUCAACAGUGGUGUGAGGAAUGAGUGUGACCCUGCUCUUGCCUUGCUCUCUGACUACAUCGGACACAAAACUAUGGUCAUUCGUAUUGGAGCCAUCCUUGGCCUGGGGCUGGCCUACUCUGGAAGCAACAGAGAAGCUGUCCUCAACGUCCUCACUCCAGUUCUGUCAGAUGAGAAGAGCUCCCUAGAGGUAGUGGGCAUCACUGCUUUGGGCAUGUGGAAUGAUUGCAGUGGGCAACAAAACCAGCCGGUUGUGGAGGCUCUAGUCACGACACUUUUAGCUAAAUCUGAGACUGAACUUAAGGACACAUAUGCCAGAUUCAUUUCCCUUGGACUUGCUCUUGCAUACCUUGGUUGCCAAGACAAAUGUGAAGUGGUCCUCUCCUGCAUCGAAAACCUCCCUGCGCCCUUCCGUCAGAUGACAGCCACCCUGAUUGAAGUCUGUGCUUAUGCGGGAACGGGUAAUGUUUUGAAGGUCCAGGAGAUGCUUCACAUCUGCACUGAUCAUUAUGACCAGGAGGAAACAAAAUCCAAGGAUAAAAAGGACAAGGAUAAGGACAAGAAGGAGGAUAAAGAUAAAGAUAAGAAAGAGGAGAAAGAUAAAGCAGAAGAAAAGGAGGUUGAUCUCUCAUCACAGCAAGCUGUUUUGCUGUCUUUAGGGCCCUCAAGACCUUCCCUGAUUUAA